AUGUUUGGCACAGGAGGCGGGCUCUUCGGAGCGCCCUCCUCUGGUGCAGGCGCCAGCGGAGCAAGUCUGUUUGGAGGCGGAGGCGCGAGCAGCGCCGGCGGCCUCUUCGGAGGCAGCGGAGGCGGAGGCGGAGGCCUCUUCGGCGCAGGCAGCGCGGGCGCUGCGGGUGCCGGCGGCCUGUUUGGAGGAUCUGGCAGCAGCAGCGGCGGCAGCCUUUUCGGAGGAGCUGCGCCAGCCUCAUCCGGUGGCAGUCUUUUCGGCGCCAGCGGAGGAGCGCCAGCCUCAUCCGGUGGCAGUCUUUUCGGCGCCAGUGGAGGAUCUGGCAGCAGCAGCGGCGGCAGCCUUUUCGGAGGAGGAGCUGCGCCAGCCUCAUCCGGUGGCAGUCUUUUCGGCGCCAGCGGAGGAUCUGGCAGCAGCAGCGGCGGCAGCCUUUUCGGAGGAGGAGCUGCGCCAGCCUCAUCCGGUGGCAGUCUUUUCGGCGCCAGCGGAGGAGGUUCCGGGGGCUCCAUCUUCGGAGGUGCCAGCUCUGGGGGACUCUUUGGAGGAGGCGGGCUCUUCGGAGCGCCCUCCUCUGGUGCAGGCGCCAGCGGAGCAAGUCUGUUUGGAGGCGGAGGCGCGAGCAGCGCCGGCGGCCUCUUCGGAGGCUGGCUGGUGUUGGCAGCGGAGGCGGAGGCGGAGGCCUCUUCGGCGCAGGCAGCGCGGGCGCUGCGGGUGCCGGCGGCCUGUUUGGAGGAUCUGGCAGCAGCAGCGGCGGCAGCCUUUUCGGAGGAGGAGCUGCGCCAGCCUCAUCCGGUGGCAGUCUUUUCGGCGCCAGCGGAGGAUCUGGCAGCAGCAGCGGCGGCAGCCUUUUCGGAGGAGGAGCUGCGCCAGCCUCAUCCGGUGGCAGUCUUUUCGGCGCCAGCGGAGGAUCUGGCAGCAGCAGCGGCGGCAGCCUUUUCGGAGGAGCUGCGCCAGCCUCAUCCGGUGGCAGUCUUUUCGGCGCCAGCGGAGGAGUAG